AUGGCCACCAGCCUGUCUAAGAAUAUUGAAUCCAAAUAUUCUUCCUGCACCUCUCCAAACAAGAAGCGGUGCAGAGCUAGUUCGAAGAACCAUAUUCCAGAUGAGCCCUCUAAAGAUACAGAGAAAUGUCUCGUAACAGGAGACUUGGAGACUGAGUCUUCGGUCCAUCUCUGCUAUGUCUUUCAUGAGCGCCACUGGAACAAUCAUCCUCUGCUAUCGCGUCUUGAAUGGGCGUGGGGAAUGAAAUAUGAUACCAUUCAAAUGGAUACAGACUCUAACGCCAUAUCGCUUCGUCAUGAUUGGCGUGAUUUAUUUGAAUCUAAUCGCUGGGCCCUGAUGCCCUCGAUGGAUAUAAUCGACAAGCUGUGGGACCGCUGGGAAAGGUUUCUGCUGAGUAAGGGCAAUGUUCCCUCGAUUGAGGAUAUAUAUAACGGUGCGGAAACUUUUGAAUAUCGCCUCGUGCCGCUGUUUCCCGAUGUUCCUUCUGUUUCCCGCUGCUGCCAAGCCGAGGAUGGAAACGACGAGACUGCAGGCACCUCCGUCUAUCCAUAUCCAUUCGACACUCUGCCGCCAAUUUUCUCAAAAGUCAAACCCCACUUCGUGGUAUGCGAUGCUGGUAGGAAGCUUGUGUCGAUGUUUCCCAAACUGGACACAACUACCUUGCUUCUGGCCCGUAUCUAUGGAGUCUCUCACGAUAAAGCCAACUUUGCCCUCAUCGUGGUGUAUCAAACGUAUUGCACAUGGAAACGCCGUGUGCAUCCUGCGACCUUUGUGACAUCACCGCGAAGGACUGAGUCGCAGUCGCGCUCUGGCCCUAUCGAGCCCGUUCAACCAAGAUUUGCAUCGCAAGGGGCUAGCCGCUCGGGGAAGCGAAUCAAGGCAACUGACAAAGUUAUCGACGCGGUGUGCCCGCAGUCGAAUCUUGUCAGAUAUGCCACCACCUUCUCGCGUGUCACUGCAUGCCGACCGGACGUUCUAAUCGUAGGAGAUUCUGGGUGGGAUACCGAGAUGGACGCAGAAUAUGAAAAGAUCCGGCUCCGUCGCGUGAUCACAGCCUCAAAACGAUGGGUCAAGAACUGUGAACGGGAGGCUCGAUUAUCUGGCGGGUGGACUUCUUGUGUCGCAGACGAUGAACAAGUGAUACUAUACCGUCGAGAGCCGAGUCGGAGGAUGCUUUCAACGUAA